GAGACAUAACGGCUGACUGGUAUAUAUGGAAUUAACUUCAACUGAGAAAGGAAAAAGUACAUAUCAUUUUUUUUUGUUAUUGAGUUUUAGAUGCUGUCUUGACCACGUGUUUAAAGAGGAUCGGUAGCUGACAAGAGUGGACUGAAGCGCUGCCUGAGGGGGGACCAGACCCCGAUGCAGAAAGACAAGCUGCUGGCACAACAGGCUGGAGGCAACCUGAGUGGGCCGGUCAGGUGUUUUUGCGGUGGACUGUUGUAACCCAAAGCAAGAAGAUGAUCAGAAAAAGUGAGUGACAGAAGACGUCUGGCCAGAGAGUGAGCAGUGAGUUGGAGGAAUGUGGGGCUACAAGGCAACAGUCACCAUUCUUUGUUUGGGCAGCCUGGCCACGACGAUGAUGUGGUUCCUGGAGGAUGACAGUCAUUUGGAGGCCCACCGUGCACCUCAAAUCAAAAGACAACGUCCGAAACCCUCGCAACUCUGCAAAGGCUGCAAGAAAAUCAUCGACAGCGUUGUGACGCGUUACUCUAAAACUUGGAGGAAGCAAGAGAUGAACUACCAGAAAUUCAAAGUCAAGCUCCAGCAGACGUGCAAUGGUUUCGAUAACGCCAUUGUGACACAAGCUAACACUCCUCUUGGUUCAACAAUCUUGUUUGAGACGAGUGCAAAGAAGUUGCUGGUGAAUUCUGAACUCUUCAACCUCUUUCCAAAUAAACAUCCAUUCUCAAAUAAAACCCUGGACACAUGUGCUGUCGUUGGGAACGGAGGGAUCCUCUAUGACAGCAACUGUGGCAAGAUGAUCGACUCAGCCGAGUUCGUCAUCAGGUGUAACUUACCUCCGCUGACAGGGGAAUACGAGAAGCAUGUCGGCAAAAAGACAAACAUCGUCACUGCAAACCCGACCAUCCUGCUGAAGUUACAUCAGUCUCUGAUGGAGCGGCGCCUCCCGUUCGCCGAGAAAAUGCAGCUCUACGGAAGUGCGAUGAUACUGCUUCCUGCUUUCUCCUACAAUGUGAACCUCGCGCUCUCACUACGGGCUGCGUACACGAUGAAAGACUUCAAGAGCUCAGUCAGCCCUGUCUUUUUAAAUCCGCAAUACCUGCGUGAACUGGGCGGCUUCUGGAAGGCCAGAGGCGUGAAAGCAAAAAGGAUCACAAGCGGUUUGAUGAUGGUGAGCCUGGCUUUGGAGGUCUGCAAUAACGUCCAUGUGUAUGGGUUCUGGCCCUUUGCUAACCACCCAUUCGACCUGUACCCCCUUCCUAACCAUUACUACGACGACAUUUGGCCAAAACCAGGUUUCCACGCGAUGCCAACGGAGUUUGAACACUUGUUACAGCUUCACUCCGACGGCAUACUCAAGCUUCACCUGGGGAGAUGCAACAAGAAUUAGGCUUUUACUCUCAUGCAGUUGUCAAGUCAUGCAAGUGUUCAAGUGUGGUGGCGAAAGUAAAUGGUAUUUUCAACCGCUUCAUGUCAAAUUCAUUUGGGAAACCCACCUGGCCUUCCACUACUGCCUCAGGAGGAACCUCCCACAUUGUGCCUAGUCAGCAAAACUAUCAAGUUUCUGACAGUGGCUACUACUUUGAAAGCAACACACAACCUCAGUGGACUCAUCCAUUCAUCUUAUUCCCCGUACUGGGGUCCCAGCAGGACCGAGUUCAUGCUAGAGACUGAAUAUGACUUCCUGCUACACACACUGGAAGCAGUGCAGAUGAGCAAAGCGCUAGGAAAUAAUCUGAGGAGAAACCUUCGGGAGUGAAUUCAUCCAAAAACAUGGGACAAAUAUUGGAAUCUACAUGAUAAAUGUUGGUCAGUGCAGUUAAUGUGAAGACCAGCAGUGAAGGACGCUGCCAUCAGAAUUCUGGUUAAAGGGAAAUUCAAUGCCUUUUGAAUCUUUUUUAAUGAACUGUUGCAUUUCAAGUGAUUUAAUUCAGUCGAACUUCAUUAUAGUUCUGAGCAGAUAUUUAUGAGAGAAAGCAUUGUGCAUGAGUUUACCUUCAAAUGACAAUUUUAAAUGGUGUAAAAGUUGACUGACCAUCUUCUUACAAAUGUCAUUGCGGCUGAAUGAGAAUGUCGAAUGUUAUAUUUUUGUAUUCGUCUUUCUGUACAGACUGUUUGUACAAAAA